AUGUUCCGGCUACUCCAGCCACAAGGCCGCUCACCGUCAGCUCCCCACCAGGCCGCCCCCCCCACCAAUGACCUGCUAUCCUCCCCCCCCCGCCCCCACCGACACUCAGACCGCCUCCACGAACUCACGCCCCCCCCCCCCCCCCCCACCCGCCCACCACCCGCCCCCCGCAACCCCCUUCCACUGCAGCUUGGCCCCCCACCGCCGCCCCGGCCACCCUCACCCACUCACCCCUCCCCCGGCUACCCCGUCGUGCCUCGCCGGCCCACCGCGCAAAUCCCCCUACCGUUCUUCACCCUUACACUACCCCACGCCGGCGCACCCCCCCACCCUGGCCCUCCUCCUCUCCGCCUCCCCCGCACACCACGCGUACGCCUCGGAGCUCUCAUCCUCCUGCGGGAACUCGCGCGCCCACCCCUCCCCUGGCUCCGAGCCGCCGACUCUGUCCCGCCCAACUCGACUUACCCUCCGACAACACCAUCCUCCCUAAUCUCGCCGCCGUCCGAGGGAAGCCCCGGCGCUUACGGACCCCACCCCACCCCGGACCGGCACCGAGCGGCUCGGGGACCUUCCUUCACCUCAAUAUCCCACUCCCCCACAAACCCUUAUGUGCUACCUGUCUGA